AUCCUUUGCAUAUUUUACAAUUAAAGACAGACUGCCCCAGAUCCUCACCAGAGUUAUUGAUACUCUGCAUCGACAUAAAAAUGAAUUUUUUGAAGAACAUGGUGAGAAGGGUGUUGAAGCGGAGAAGAGAGCUAUAUCUUUCCUCUCCAAACUGCGGAAUGAACUGCAGACGGACAAACCGGUGACCCCCUUAGAAGAUGAUCUGCCCGAUGCUGCGCUGUGGAACCAAUACCUAGACUACCAGCGAAAUUUAUCAAAUGGAAAUGGAGAACCGAGCUGGUUUCAGUCCCCUUGGUUAUAUGCUGAGUGUUAUAUGUAUCGAAGAAUUCAUGCGGCAUUAGUACAGAACCCACCUAUUGACAACUUUGAUGUAUUUAAGGAAGGAAAGGCUCAAAACUUCUUUGAAUCCCAAGAGGCUGUUAUUGCUUUAUGCACUUACUUUCAGGAACUUCUUAAAAACAUCAAGGAUCUAGAGGAAAAGCAAGUUAAAGAGGAACUUUUUAAGCUGCUGCAGGUGUCACUGUGUGGCAAUAAGUGUGACCUUUCUUUUUCAGCGGGUGGAGACAGCUCUCAGAAAUCUAGUCCUUUACAAUCCCUGGAAAACAUGAUACCUUACAUCUUAGUGAAUGAUAUGGAAAAACUUUGGUCACUACUUGUAAAUGCCAAAAAAGGAAAUACAGAAAAAAGUAAUGUUAGGAUUGACAUAAUCCUGGAUAAUGCCGGGUUUGAGCUUGUCAGUGAUCUUGUGUUGGCUGACUUCCUGCUGUCGUCAAAGCUAGCUGAUGAAGUCCAUUUUCAUGGAAAAAGUAUUCCCUGGUAUGUGUCAGAUACUACAAAGCACGAUUUUAACUGGACUAUUAAACAACUGCAGUCAGCUAAUCAUAUGUGGAUGUCUAGGUGUGGGAUAAACUGGGAGGGCAAUUUGAAAAAGGGAGUUUGGGUUUACCAGGAUCACAUGUUUUGGACUUUGCCACAUGACUUUUCCUGCAUGGCUGAAGUUGCUCCUGACUUGUAUGCUGAUCUACAGAAGUCAAACUUGCUUCUUUUCAAAGGUGAUCUAAACUAUAGGAAAUUAACAGGAGAUAGAAAAUGGGAAUAUACUGUUCCAUUCCAUCAAGCCUUGAACAAGUUUCAUCCUGCACCUCUCUGUAGCUUGAGAACACUGAAAUCUGACACUCAGGUUGGCCUAAAACCUGGACAAGGUGAACAGAUUCAAGCUACUGAACCUGAGUGGAUGGUAAGUGGAAAAUACGGGGUCAUUCAGUCUGAUGCUGCUCUCUAG